GAGCGGCGCGGGGCCCAGGUAGUUGGGGUUGUCGCGGGUGCCGAUGUAGAGCAGCACGUCGAAGGGCUGCACCGACGUGUCCUUCGGGUAGAAGAUGACCGUGGUGGUCCUGUAGCCGCCCUUCUCCCGGAAAUCCAGCCGCUUCAGGUUUACAGCGGAGUCACCUGGGUGCAGGUUAUACCUUAUCCUUACCCCCGUGGCUUAAAAACACAUGACACUGGGAAUCCUCACUGCGUUCCAUGCCAGGGAUGGAUUUCACGGAAGCCUAUUCCGACCGGUGCUCGGCCGUGGGCCUUGCGGCCAGAGAAGGAAACGUUGAGAUACUGAGGGAAUUGAUCAAUCGGGGAUACAGCGUCGAUGUCCCGGAUAACAGGAGGUGGUUGCCCAUCCACGAAGCGGCAGCGCACAAUUCCAGUGAGUGCCUGAAGCUGCUCAUUGAUACAGCUCCAGCCGAUGACUACAUCCACUCGAGGACGUUUGAAGGGAUGUGUGCUCUGCACCUCUCGGCCCGUCACGGCUCUGUGGAAUGUCUCCGGGUUCUCCUGGAAGCUGGGGCUGACCUCGACAACGUCACCACCGAAUCUGCCACCACCCCGCUCUUCCUAGCUGUUGAAAAUAAGCAUGCAGAGGUUGUCAAGUUCCUGCUCCAACACGGAGCAAAUAUUGAAGGUUCUCAUUCAUGGUCUGGAUGGAAUUCUUUGCACCAAGCUUCCUUUCAGGGUUCCACUGACAUAAUGCAGAUGCUCCUGGAGAAAGGGGCCAGCAAGGACUGUCGUGAUGACUUUGGAAUCACCCCUCUGUUUGUGGCUGCUCAGUAUGGCCAGCUGGAGAGCCUGCGGCUGCUCCUGUCCCACGGUGCAGAUGUCAACUGCCAGGCCAAGGACAGGGCCACUCCCCUGCUGAUUGCUGCGCAGGAGGGACACCUGGAUUGUGUGAAGCUGCUGCUGACUGCAGGGGCAGACCCAAACCUCUACUGCAACGAGGAUAACUGGCAGUUACCCAUCCAUGCAGCAGCUGAGAUGGGCCAUGCAAAGAUACUGGAGCUGCUGAUUCCAGUCACUGACCGCGUCUGUGACAAGGGCGAGGGCAAAGUGAGCCCCGUGUACUCGGCGCUGUACGGCGGCGACGGGGAGUGCCUGGAGAUGCUGCUCAAGCAGGGCUUCAGCCCAGAUGCUCAGGAGUGCCUGGACUUUGGCUGCAGGUCCCCCAUGUGCAUGAUUUUCCAAAAGCAGUAUUAUCAGUUCAUUGAUGUCCUUCUGAAAUACGGCAUCACCCUGCGUGGGGUCAACUUGGCACACUGCCUGUGCCAUAAGAAGUUUGCUCUGUUCCGGCGCUUCCUGAGGUUCGGCUGUUCCCUGCCCUCGGAGGAGGAAUUAACAGACUUCAUCCUCUACAGCAGCACGGUGCAGAAGGAAUACAAGGAAUGGCUGCCCUGCCUGCUCCUGGCUGGCUUCAACCCCGUGAAUUUCAUGCGCAGGUUCUGGAUUUUCUCCAUGAGUGAGGAUGUCCUUAAUUUUGUCCUGGAGUUCAUGAAUUGGAGCAGACUUCCUCCAAUUGUGGAGCAACACCUUUCCCAAUACAAGGAGAAGUUCACUUGGACUUCCAAGAGCCAUUUUGCCUUCCUUCCUUCCCUGUCCCAUCUGUGCCGCCUGGAGAUCCGGUCCCUGCUGGGGAGCGAGCGCCUGCGCUCGGAGCGCGUGAUCCGGGAACUGCCGCUGCCAGCCUGCCUCCAGGACUACCUGCUCUACCUGGAUGUGCUGCGAGCCAACAGUGUCCCAGAGCUGCAGGAUUGCCUGGAGCAGGGAGAGGAGGGAGCUCCUUCCAGUCACUCCGAGGCGGAGGAUACGGAAGAGGGACAGCAGUGACGGCGGUGCUCCGUGACGGCGGUGCCAGUGCCUGGACUCUGCAGCUGCAGGUUUUGUAAUGGGAAUCAGGAGACAUGGGAGGAGAACUGCUGUAAAUGUCUGUUCUCCUCCCGUGUAAUCAUUCUUUUCACGCUGUAGUUUUGUACUACAUCUAGAAAUUUCCUAUGGGCUCUAUGAUUUGCUUGUUUAAAAUCUGUUGUAGCUCUGUAAGUGAACAUUUUCUGUUUCUUUUCUAACUCUUGGGAAGUAAAAUGAGCUUUUUCAGUGAACACAGCUUACAGAGUAGUCAAAAUCUGUCCAUUGACACUUUAUUCCAAAUACAGUGUUUACCAAAUGAAA